CGCGGUCACGCCCCGGUUCCCGCGGCGAGGCGAGGCAAGGCCGGGCCGCUCCUGCCGCAGAUGGAGGCCAUAGAGAAGCUGGCGCUGGCGCCCUGCGCUUCCUCUCAGUACCUGCGGCCCUACCGGCUCCGCUACCGGCAGAAUGGCACUAUGAAGUUUUGGGACUUUAUGAGGACACAUGACAGUGUCUCAAUCCUGAUAUUUAAUUCCUCUCGGCAAUGCUUUGUUGUGGUGAAGCAGUUCCGCCCAGCUGUUUACAUGUGUGAAAUGCAACGGCACCAUCCUCAAGACUUUCAAAGUAAAAACCAGGAUAGCUGGUGUCCUCUGUUGGAUCCCUUACCAGCUACAGAAGGCGUGACCUAUGAACUCUGCGCUGGCAUAGUAGACAAGCCAGGACUUUCUUUGGAGGAAAUUGCAUGCAACGAAGUCUUAGAAGAGUGUGGUUAUGACGUUCCCAUUACAAACCUGAAAAGAAUCACUUCGUACAGGUAAACAGCAGCCAAGUUGAUGCUUUGUAUUUAAUCUUUUUCAAAUGACAAUUGUAGAAUAGCUUAGGGGUAAAUUAAUUUCCUUGCCAAAUCAAUGAGCUGGGAGAAACAGCCAUCCACGAUUGCUUAACGGUGUAAACACCAAGAAAGAAGAAGAAUUAUUUAGGGAGCUAUAAAGGGCUUUAAACUGAGAUUAAUGCGAUGAAAUUCAAACUGAAUAAAAUUGAGCUAGUAAAAACUAUUAGACUGGGGAAUAGAGAACCUCAAGGAAAUUGGUGGAAAACCCAUUGCUUGGGGCUCUUAAAUGUUGAGUGGUUGAAGUGCUAGAAAGUGUAUUGUGAGAAACAAUCCUAUACUCACAGGAUGAUAGGCUAGCUGACCUGUUGUAUUAGAUCUUUUCCAUCUUUGCUUUCCUUUAUUCGAAUUAAAAACUGAACUGCACAACAUGGGCUCUGAGCCUACACCGAUGGGACCCCAACAUGAGGGUUUGUGCCACUGGAUCUGUUUGCAGGAUCAGGGCCAUAACUGAAGCUUAUAUGAAAUAUGUAUUAGGAUACAUUUUAUAUCACUUUUUUGCUGGCGCUGUUAUGAACACUUUUACAUGUGUCUUUAAUUUCAUUGUAAAAUAUUUUAAUAGAU